UAAGAAAACGUGGCAGCUAAAAUUAUAAUUUUUUUUUCUUUAUGGCUCCAAAACGUUGGAAAUUGAAAGUUGUCGGCAAGGUCGAACAGGCGGAUAGUCGUUUGGGUUCGCAAAUAUAUUCAUGUACUAGGUGUUAGGUUUAUUACGCCAUGCGAAUAUCUUGUAGACUUCAUGUGCUGUGAAGAACCCAUUAAAAUUCUUCUUUCAGAGAAUGAUGCUCACUCACAGCUUCAGGCUUUUCUUCCAUUUGUAUUUCUUAUCGGCCGUUGCUCAAGACGUAAUUCCUAACGCAAACUGUGAGCAUGUCAGGACCUACCAGUAUCCGUCGGGAACAUUUCUCGCGUGCCUGAAUGAUAAUCUCACAUUUCCAGACACGUUUAAUGUCAGUGCAAUUGGUACGGACCUGGCACGAAUGGAUAUAUCAUGCCCUACCAGUAACAGAAACCCGUGUAACGUCAUUCGCCGCAACUAUCAGCCCUUUCCUCGCCGCAUUGAUCUCAAAGAAGUGCGUUUAGUUGGAUUUGUGGCCGAUGGCGAGCGACGUAUUCCGCUGCAUCACCUGCUAAUUAAUUUGUGCAUGAGUAUCGUAGAGUUAACGGUGCAAGAAUCAAGAAUCGGAUAUCUAGACGCUGAAUAUUUUCGAGGUUUCGAAGCGUUGGCAGUGUUGGAUCUACAGAAUAACGACAUCGCACAAAUUACUGUUGAUACAUUCGAAGGGCUGGUGAUGCCAUCGCAUCAAGCGGUACUCUCCAAGAUCGAUAUGAUUGGGAAUUAUCUGGAUGUGCUGGACUGGAGUGUCUUCUACCCUAUCCAAAGUAGUUUGAAGUCCUUGAAUAUGGGACAACAAAUAACUGGACUUGAUGAAAUUUUGAUGACUGGAGCUGAUUUCGCCAUGCAGCUUCAAGAACUGUUUCUGACACAUAACAAUCUUACCGCCAUACCAUCGCAAGUUCUGCAGUCCCUCACAGCACCCAGGAUAUACAAUCCAGAUCAGAAAGCUGUCUACGAUUUCACCUUCAACGAAUUCUGUAAUAAAGCAGAAUGCGCUUGUUGUGGAUUUGAAGAUUUUAUGCUAUGGGCUGAAGAAAUCACCCGAUUUUCAGCGGAUUUAGAAUCGAAAGUAACCGUUAGAGUGUUUUGUGGACAGUCUAUAAUCGAUGAUAUGUCGGUUCUCCCGCUGGACUUUUUUGCAACGUGCCCAAGUUGCUCCGAAAACGACCCUAGAAAGAUUAAGUGUCCGCACAAGCUCAGUGGCUUUGACAACGGCCUAGGUGUUACAUUCAAUGGUGAUUUGCCGGAAAUCAAUGAGCGCUCUGGUAACGAACGUACCUCCACCGCUACUGUACUGCCGCUAAAUCCAGUCCCGCCGAACAAAGUGGUACUUACCACGGGAUCAAUCGUUGGGAUAGCCGUGGCUUGCAGUAUUGUGUUGGGUGGCGUUUCCGUUUUGCUCAUUGGCUGGCGGCGAAAAGCACGUUGGCUUGCCUGGAAGCCCAUGGAGCUGGGAAGAAGAACUCUGGAAGAGGAAGAAUUAGUCACCGAACUUGAUAGUGCAAACAGUUUUUCGAGACAGCACGGACUUCCGCGAUGUCAACACUCAGAAAUCUCCGCAGUCAUUCGUGAAAAAGAAGUUACGGAUUUCGAGCCGGAAGACUAUGAAGUUGAAACUCUGGGUUGUGACUGCUCCUACGACUAUAAAACAUGGAAUUUUCUUGCUCAAGGUUCAUACGGGAGAGUAUACACUGCCAAAAUCACAACGCCCGGUGGUUUCAGGGGCGAGGACACCGUGGUGGUCAAAGUCACGCAUCUGGAAAAGAAUGAUGAACUUUUAAUGGACAACCAAAAUUGGCUCAGAUUACUAGCUAGAUGGAGACUGCUAAUCAGUCUGACGUACGAGCAUUUGGUGGCGUACCAUAAGGUUUCUAUUAUUAAACAAAAAGCCAGAGCGUGUGUCUCUGUGGAGUUCCUGAUGGAGUUUUGCAGCGGCGGGGACCUGGCGGUCUUGUUGCACGAUCUGAAAACGACUAACACACCCCUAAAUCGUGCACAAUCGCUCUGUUAUGCCAUACAGAUUACGCUUGGACUGGAAUUCUUACACAAACAGAGGCUAGUACACGGAGACCUGAAACCAGGAAAUAUUCUGCUGAAGCCACACCAAGAUCGUCAUCAUACGGCACUGAUCGGGGAUCUGGACAGCAUCGUACAGAUGCGCCAUAGUACGACCAGUGUCAGCGACAUGUCAAACCUGCGCGGCACAAUUCGUUACAUGUCACCGGAAAUGUUACGAAAAUUUGGCGGUAUGGAAUGCGUUGGCCUUGGCAAAGCAACGGAUAUCUGGAGCAUGGGAUGCAUCUUUCAUGACUUAUUCGACUCGUCCUGCAGCAUCCGCGGACGAUUGCUGUACAAAAUUGAUUCUGCUGAUUUUACGAUAAAGGACAACACCCAUAACGCGACAUUCGCCAUGAAAAUCAUGGAGGGCUAUGCACCGCGCGUUAGUGAGCGAAUGCCGGAGAAGCUAUCCUUAAUUGUCAAGCAGUGUUUAAUCGUUAGCAGUAGAGAACGCCGCUCAGCUGAAUUGCUGAUAGGUGAUCUACAAAAGUUAAUAUCAGAAUUUGUGGAUAAUGGGGAUGCCUCGCUGGCACUUGAGAUCGACAACAUCCGCCGAUGUAUUUGUGGCAGCAAUUUUAAUCGUUGUCAUAGUGCCUAAAACGCCAUCUGACUAGUAAACGGAAUACCCCGUUCUGCGCAAUUUUGCACAUAAGACUGAUAAGAGUCUAUUGCAAUAUAGUAAGCGAGGAAAGAAGGAAAAGAAAAGAAAGCCAGUGCGUUCCGAAAUAAUCAUUCCCGUGAGUAAGGAACCUUUCGCCGUUGUGAGUGUUUUACUGUCAACUUUUGGAUCUUGUUUAAAAUGCACAGUACAUAACUGUAAAAGUCUAUGUCAAAGCUUCUUUGGAAAUAGGAGAGUCAAUAAUGCACUGCUUGUAAAGCUCUAAAAGGCGCACUGAAAAUUAUGUUUCUUCUGAUUAUUCAUGUGGCGCUUCCAUUGAAAGCCUUCACAUUUACGAUUAACCCGUGAGAGUUCUCGGUUGCAGAGAUUACAUU